AUGGGGAGCCCCAAAGAGGAAGAGGCAUCCUCCAGACACACAUUAUCCCACCACGCUCCUCAGGAACACAAGCUGGAAGACCUGAAGAAUGAGAUUGAGAAGAGGCAAGCCAAAAAUGCCACCAAAUUCCCAGAGAAUUCCCAGCUGGACACCGAGGCACAAGGGCGAGAAGAGAAGAACCAGCAACCGGACAUAAGGAGCACCGUCAGCAGAUGUGGAAAAGCGACUUUCCAGCUCCCAGCAGAUGCCUCUCCGGAGUCAGAAGAGAGAUCCUGUCACUUCUCCUGGAGGAACGGAGGGCUGAAGGAGACCCUGAGGAAGCUGCAAGCCACCGUGACGCUGGACCCGGACACUGCGCAUCCCGACCUCAUCCUGUCGGAGGACGGGAAGAGCGUGCGGCGCGGCGCGGGCCGCCGGGACGUGCCGGACAACCCGGAGCGCUUUGACUACUGGCCCUUCGUGCUGGGCUGCCAGGGCUUCGCGGCCGGGCGGCACUGCUGGGACGUGGAGGUGGGCGACAGCGGGGACUGGGCGCUGGGGGUGGCCCGGGACUCCAUCCACCGCAAAGGGCACCUCAGCCUCUGCCCGCAGGGAGGGAUCUGGGGCUUGGAGAAGUGGGGGGGGCAGGUGCGGGCCCUCACCGCCCGCAAGGUGACGCUGCUGCCGCUGCGCUGGGUACCGCGCAGGGUCAGCGUCCACCUGGAUUACGGCGGCGGGACCGUGGCGUUCUUCGAUGCCGAUGAAGGGGGGCUUAUGUUCAUCUUCUCCCGAGCGGCAUUCACCGGGGAGAGGGUCCGGCCCUGGCUCUGGGUGGUGGGGGCCAGGUCCCAGCUCAGGCUGUGUCCGUGAGACACUGGGGGGAGCAUCCCCUAACCCCAACCCAGAGCAGCAUCCCCUAAACCAGAGCAGCAUCCCUUAAGC